AUGAGAACGGGACAAAAGAUUGGAUAUUCAUUCCUUGCUCUUCUACUCGUCGCGAUGAUUGUGACUGGCGUUGAACUGGUCAUCCGAUUUUCCACCAAGAAAAGUCUUUUUCACAAACCUGCUUUUGAAGAGUAUGGCAGGGUUGUCAUCCACAAAAAUGGAACUGAUUUGGAUAAUAAAACCAUGAAUGUAACAACGUUUUAUGGAAACUCAGUAAAAAACGGUACUAUGGCCUAUUUGCCAUUGACAAAACAGGCCGCUUAUGAUUUUUGUGCGAGCAUGAAUAAAUCUCUUCCAAAGAAUAGAGUGAGGGUAAUUGAUGCUCCAGAAAACUUCGGAGUUCGGGCCUACUGGCUUGAUGUGAACUUUACCUUCCCUGAAAUAUCUAUCUCGGAUUCUCCUCUGAAAGAUGACGCAGAAAAAAUACUCCAAAGGUUUAAGAUUCACGAAACUCAAGUUUAUCUCCUCAGACUCCCAAAACCGCAAGGUUCUGAUGAUCAAAUUUGCGCGAGAGCUCAGUACACCAAUCGAGAAAAAUACAGACUCUUUUCUCGAAGGCUCAAUAGAACAAUAUUCGAAGAUUAUAAUCUCCUCAAUGACAAAUUUAUGAACGAAACUUAUACUAUUACAUACGAUGAUUCAUCCUCACUUCCGGUAACAAAUCCUUCGUUUUAUCUUGGAACCACUGAAGACUUCUCUGCUUCUGCCUCUGGUAUACCAUGGUGCUCAAUGAAUCCACAAAAACCAAUUGGGCUUGCUGACCAAAAUGAUGGACUCCUCGCACUUUUUACUUACUCAAACGCUCGAGCAAUCUGUUUCUCAGAAGAUGACUAA